UCUCAUAUACAGGGAUUUGAAUAUGAACUUUAGACAUAUAGUUUAACAACCUAUGGGCGCCCAACUCAUGAAAGAGGUGGAGUUUUCUUCUUUUUUGCAAGAGCAGUAGCAGUCACAGUUGGGCAGAGCUGCAAGUUCCCCUUUCUAGCUCUGACUCAGCAUAAAAACACAUUUUCCAAAAUGUAAAAAGGAAACAUUAAUAGGGUUUAUGGACAUCCGGUUUGCCAAGUACCCGUAUAGUCUUCUCUCUCUUUAUCAUGGCUCUCCUGUCGGUCCUCACGCCUGUCCUGGCGGUGGUCCUGUGCGUCGUGAUAGGCUUCAUGCUGGUGAGGUCACGGGAGACAGAGACCACCUCCACGACCUCACCUGGAGAAGCUGAAGGGGCACCAAAAGCGGACUUUAGACCGUGGGUGGACCAGGACCUAAAGGACGGUACAGAAACCAAAGGAAAAGACGACGAGGAUGGUGAUUGGGUGGACAGCAAUGAGGAGGAAGACAUUCUACACGUGCCCUACUCACCACCAGGUUACCCAGUGGAGACGAUGCUGGAGAGAUCCAAGGAUUUUUACACUCUGAUGAACCAGAGGAGGAGUGUCCGAUUCAUCAGUCCAGAGCCAGUCCCACGAGAAGUCAUCAAUAAUGCCAUCCGCACUGCAGGUACGGCCCCUAGUGGAGCCCACACAGAGCCCUGGACGUUUGUUGUGGUGUCAGACCCGGAGAUCAAGCACCAGAUCAGACGGAUUGUGGAAGAAGAAGAGGAGGUCAACUACCGUCAGAGGAUGGGGGACAAGUGGGUCCAGGAUUUGGCCAGAUUUAGGACAAGCUGGAUCAAGGAGUACUUGGAUGUUGCGCCGUAUCUAAUCCUCGUCUUCAAACAGAUCUAUGGGAUACUACCAAAUGGCAAGAAAAGGACACAUUACUACAAUGAAAUCAGUGUCUCCAUAUCGUGUGGCCUCCUGUUGGCUGCAUUACAGAACGUGGGACUUGUCACCGUCACAUCGACGCCCCUAAACUGCGGCCCCCAGCUCAGGCUCCUCCUCAAACGGCCAGCCAAUGAGAAGCUGUUGAUGUUACUUCCUGUAGGUUACCCUGCUUGUGAGGCCACAGUGCCUGACUUGAAACGCAAGCCUCUGGAUGAUAUUGUGGUCCACAUAUAACAGAAUCAGUCUGUGGGGGAAACACAGAGAGAAGUCUUCUCUUCUUUGCCCGCAGCUGAACAAUCAAGAAGAUAUAUACCUAAUGUGAUUAGAAUUAUUUUUUUUAAAUCAUAAAAUCAUAUUUUACCAUCCAUUUUUGCUCUGUUAUGGUUACAGAAACAGGUGUAUAACCUUGUACAUCCCUAUAUGGGAGAUAGUGGCCACAGUAGUACACAUGUUUAAUCAUUCAAACAAGCACAAGGUCAACUUGCGCUCCUACCAAACAAUGAUCUAAAUGGUUUCCAGCACUGCUGCCAAGAAUACGAUACAAUCUGUUUUCAGUUGUUCGCUCUGGGAUUGAUUGUGUGAUUUGUAUUUGUACCUUUAAGUUAACUGAUCUGAAAUGUAAUGUCCUUGGGCAUUAAGUGAAGAGUUUGAGUUACAUUUUUGUCUCAUCAUAAUGCUUUGCGUUAUUUGUAUUAUAUGAGUGUCACUACAUGUUUUCAGAAGGGGAACAACACCUCUCAAUGAGUUCUUGAUGAGUGGGGUAUGGUUUGACAUCUUUAUUCUUUUAGCGCAUAUUCAAUAGAUCAUUCAUGAUUAAAAUUCAUAACCCAGAACCAACCAACCCUGAAAGAACAUUGCACUGGUGUCCCCCCUGUAAAGUACUCAUGUUGGGGUUUUUGUGGGACCUCUCAGCUAGAAUUUCCUCUUUUUACACCCAAAAAUGAUUGAACAAGGUGUUCACAAGUGAAAGAGGUGGCCAUUAUAAAGUCCUUUGUUAUUCUUAAUGAAGUCAUCAAGUAUGUUUCGCCUAUCAUCAUAUUCAUUUGACUGGUUUAAUCAAGCUCAAAAAGCCAUUCGCACCAUUAUUCACACUUGAAAAUUGUUUUAUUUGUGAGCUUUAAAAGCUCUUGCUCCUGCUCAUCUGUAAAACCACAGAAAAAAA